AUGUUGGUGUAUUAUGCGUCGCAGUUAUGACAGAACAGAUGUGUAGCUAGCUGUUGUUUCGGAAUGCCGUGACAGAACUUGCUAUUUCGGAAUGUUAUGACAACCCCAGCUGGUGGAAUACUCAGAGAAGCGAUCGCAGCGCAACGAUUGCCGUAGGACUGACUAUACUGGUGAGUCGCCAUUACAUCUGCUAUACCGCAACGACCGCUUGUGAAACUGGACAAGGUUCAAAGGGAAAGUCGGGAAAUGAUGUGCUUUGAAUAUUUAGAGAUUACACAGAAUGGCAAUACAGAUGUCUGAAAGUGCAGAGGUCUUGACGUCACUUAGGAUACAAUGCCACGCUGACCAAGUCACGACAGAUGUUGGGUGUUCAUCCGGUGUAAAUCUAUAUAAAUAUUAUUCCAACUCAACCGUCAUAUGCAUAUGGCCACCAGUCCCACUGAGUCGCACCUUGCGCAAGGCAAGGGAGAAUUCGAGAUCUAUUCAAUACUGUUAUCCCUUUCAAAUCGUGUUGCCGAGCGACGUGAAUAUUGUCUUACCACAGUGACACCGUCUUAAAGCUGACAACUUGACAGACUACCUAACCCAGUAUGAAACACAGCCGAUCAUGGUUCGUGGCAGUAUUGCUUUCGUGUGUGUGCCUGCUACUCUUAUACAACGUCAUCGUACCCAAAUAUUUGGUCCAGUCCAGUCCUGAAAAGCCGAGUUUCCCAGGAAACCAAAUCCUUAUAAUCCAUCGAGCCACCACGCAUGGACGGUACUGUAUUGAGGAGAAUAUAUGCAAAAACAACACUGACGGGAACGUGUAUACCUACAUACGGCAUGCUAAUUUCUACAAACUCAUCGAGAAGGGGAUUGACUUGAAGAGGAACAUCACCCACCAGAGAGAGGUCGUUCCCCAUAUUGUUCAUUACGCAUGGUACGGGGGGUUGAAACGAGGAAACAACUUCCGGUUCCAUCACAUGCUGGCUAUUUUGUCAGCUCAUAAAUUCAUCAAACCCAGUAGAAUAUAUUUUUGGCACGACAUGGUUCCGACUGGAGAUUACUGGAAAGAGGUGAAGGAAAAGGUUCCGGAACUGUGCCUUGUUUUCCGGAAAGGGCCGACGGAAAUUCGAGGGCGGAAAGUCGUCGUGGCGGAACAUGUGACAGACGUGGUGAGACUUGAGGCAGUGAUGGAAUUCGGGGGAAUGUAUUUUGAUCUCGAUGUCAUGAUACUCAAGCCCCUGGAUCCCCUCCUUAAAUUCGACGUUGCCAUGGGAUACGAGACGCCAGGGGGAUUGUGCAAUGGCAUCAUGAUUGGUACGGCAUGGGCCGAUUUUUUCAAGAUCUGGCACAAGGAAUAUAAGUCUUUUCAGGAUCAUCAGUGGAACGUUCACUCUGUUCAGAUUCCUGGAAGGCUAGCAAAGCAGUACCCCAAUCUUGUGCACACUGAAGACACCUCUCUUCACAGACCCAAUUGGAUGGAGCUGGAUAGGUUAUAUACUGUUGGGAAGCUUUAUGACUGGAGGAAAAAUAAUUAUGCCAGCCAUUUGUGGAUUCGACUUCAUAAAGUGGAACAUAAUCCUAACGAUAUUAAGACAUGGAACACUACAGUUGGGGAAAUGUUCAGAUGGAUCUACUAUGGCGACUGGAAACUGCAGUUGCCUGGGCAACAUGUCAAUCGCACACGCCCUCCAAGUACUGUUUCAAGAAAAUCAUGUAUACUUAAUAACAUAUGCAGGACGAAUGACAGCUCUAAAGUAUAUACCUAUCAGAGACAGGCCGAUUUUCUUCAAAAUAUCGAUUCGCCGGUAGAUCGGAAACGAAAGAUUAAUCAUCAAGUGAGAGUCAUCCCGAAUAUUGUUCAUUUUACUUGGUAUGGCGGACAGACGAAGGGUAAUGAAUUUCGAUUUCAUCACCUUAUUGCUGUUCUAGCAGCUCACAAAUUUAUCAAACCGGAUCACAUAUUAUUCUGGCAUGACAUGGUACCAAAUGGAAAUUACUGGAAAGAGCUGCUUCAAAAAGUCCCGGAGGUUGUACUUGUGUACCGCGGAGCCCCGUCUGAAAUACGUGGCAGGAAGGUAGCGGUUCCAGAGCACUUGACGGAUGUUGUGCGCUUAGAAGCAGUGUUAGAAUAUGGUGGAAUGUAUUUUGAUCUUGAUGCUAUUGUUCUGAAACCAUUGGACGCUCUGUUGAAAUACGACGUAGUUAUGGGUUAUGAAGCGCCUGAUGGUUUAUGUAACGGAAUAAUAAUCGGGAAACCCUGGGCCGAUUUCCUGAAGAUUUGGCACCGAGAAUACAAGACUUUCGAUGACAGCAACUGGAAUUACCAUUCCGUAGUUCUACCAGCACAUCUAGCCAAGGCGCACCCCAAUCUGAUACACACGGAAGCAACGUCCAUGCAUCGACCUAACUAUAUCGAACGGGAUGUGUUGUAUACAGAAGGGAAGUUGUUCAAGUGGAGAGUCGAUAACUUCGCAGUUCAUCUUUGGAUACGGUUUCAUAAAACUGAACACAACCCUGAGGAUAUCAAAUAUUGGAACACUACCGUAGGUGAGAUAUUUAGAUAUAUCUAUUACGGAGACUGGAAAUUGACACCACUGCCUACUAAAGGAAAAAUAUGCAUCUAUGGAAAUUUGUGCAAAGACAAGACAUCGGAGAAGGUGUACAAAUAUAUACGCCUUCCGGAUUUUCUGAGUAGGGUGGAAUCUGACGUGGAUUUGAAGUUGAAUAUAAGCCAUAAUUAUAGAAUCGUCCCAAGUAUUUCUCACUUCACCUGGUACGGAGGAAAAGCUAAGGGAAAUACUUUCCGGUUCCAUCACCUCCUGUCCAUUCUUGCUGCACAUAAGUUCCUGAAACCCGACAAGGUCCUGUUCUGGCACGACAUGGUCCCAGAGGGGCCUUACUGGACGGAGCUGAAGGACAAAGUGCCAGAACUCACACUUGUGUAUCGAGAAACCCCGACCGAAAUCCGUGGUCGGAAGGUCACAGUUGCUGAGCAUCUGACUGAUGUGGUACGUCUGGAAGCUAUUAUGGAAUAUGGAGGGUUCUACUUUGACCUGGACGCUAUGGUACUCAAACCGUUAGGCCCUCUACUUAACUAUGAUGUUACAAUGGGAUAUGAAACACCAGAUGGUUUAUGCAAUGGAAUAAUGAUUGGAAGAGCAUGGGCUGAUUUCUUCAGGAUAUGGCAUAAAGAAUAUAAAACAUUUGACGAUAGGAACUGGGCUUAUCAUUCAGUUAAGCUUCCUGCCAUUUUGGCCAGGAGAUUCCCGAAUCUUAUACAUACAGAAGCUACUUCUAUGCAUCGUCCGAACUGGGGAGAGUUGCCCCAGUUGUACAAGGAAGGGCAGCUGUAUGACUGGCGGGCUAAAAAUUAUGCUGUUCAUUUGUGGAUUCGGUUUCACCGUCCAGAACACAACGCCACAGAUAUAAAAAGCUGGAACACCACCACUGGAGAGAUAUUCCGUCAUAUAUAUUACGGGGACUGGAGGAUUCAGAAAUAAUCAUGAGUGCCUUUAUGUAUGCAGUGAAGGGACAGACUAUUUGAUAUUAUGGGAUUUUAUAGAAUUAAAUAAUUGUCUAAGAAAAUUCUAACCAUGCCUCAUAAUGUUAGGAGAGAAAAAAGAAAUUCCUGCCACCAAAAUUAUUUCGAUACAUCUCAAUCACACCAAAAUAUCACAUGGUCGGUCACCCGUGUGCUGUUGAGGAAGUACGUGUGAAUAUCAUAAAAGGAGAAUGCUGCUGUGUUGUGAAACAUCAUUCAGGAAGGCUACGGCCUUUACAAUGCUCG